AUGACCCAUCACCGAACACCAUCAAACCACUCUAGCGGCCCGCAAAGUUUACCUCACAGCCAAGGUGCGGGGGAGUCAUGGAUAAAAAGCUCCAAGAAGUGGCCACUAAAGCCAUUCAGCAGUGAUCGCCAGUCCCGCCGGAACAUUGCUGUAGUUUUGAGGGGAUUCUUAGUGACUUUUCUCGCCCUCGUCCUGCUAGCGAUCUGUCUUUGGGCGUUUUCCCAGGGACGGCAGUUGAGCAAGUGGGAGCAACGGUCCUUUAAUACACUAUCAAUUCUGCUCACCGCUAUCGCCAGUUUGGGUCUUGGAUCACUCUUAGGGCACCUGGGUUCCAUGCUUAGGUGGCCCCUACUUGCCCGAACAGUAUAUCAAAUGCAAGAUGUAUAGUAGCUUGCCCCAACAGAAUUACUUUUGUUAACCGCUAGAACAGGUAGACUCAAUACUGGGCAUGUCUCCACCGGCCGGCUCCAUGCGACUGAUCAGGAGACACAUUCGAGAGUGGAGAGUAUCACGAACGACCUUUAUUGUCACUGCAUACCUGAUCGGAAAUAUAUUCGGGAGAUUGAGUGUGGUUGUUUUCGGUUUAACUUACAACAUGACGGAUGAAACGGGGAUCCAGUACCCAAUUCUUGCGACAAAUUGGACAUCGGCUUUAUGGACAGGUAAAAUUUUCCCCGACGACGGCAGCAUUAGGGUUGAUCAGCUUGAUAGUGGGCAAGGUAAGGAUACCACACCCCAGACUGGGCGUUGGUGGAAUGAAAUAGGGCUGACAGCUCUAACAAGCGUUCAUGAAUUCUCUAUUGAAUGGAUUACAGAAGUACGCCGAGCUCCCUAAAUGGAUUAAUAAGAUUGCGAACUCUAGUUCCAAACAUGACAUAAGCCUCUACUUGGAGUCCGAUCUCCAAUUGCCAAAUAUUACGCUCAAAGUGGACGCAAACACUGUUGAAUAUUCAUACAAAUUGAAGGAUUUCAAAGGGGAUUAUACCAGGCCGUCAAACCGCACUGUUCACUCCUCUGUGAACUGCAGCCUAAUGGAGACCUUGGGGUAUCAAUAUUGGCGCUGGAACAAUGGGAACAGAACCGGACCAUUCUGUAUGUAAUAUUUUCGCCACAGCUCGAUAAUCCAUCGCCCAAGUGUCAGUGAAGCUAAUUUUUGAUUUGGUGAAUUAGAUUGGAGUGAGGAGAGUAGUUCUGAGGUCGUAUCCGAGAUACUACGGAUCUCAGAUAUAGUUAGCAGCACCACCCCCAAGUGGGUAUCACUCCAAGACUACUUAGGUGGAAGUGGUGUAUAUCCUCAGAUUUGUCAGUUCUAAAUACCCGCGGCAAUGCCAAGGCCUUGGAGCGUUAACACCAUCAUGUUACCAGACAUUGUAUUCAGAAGCGCUGUCUGGGAAUGUUGGCCAACCCUAACGGAGACUAUUGGUGGCCACGGACCGCAGCAAGUUCAACCUGAUGAACGAAUAUUUCACCCCACAGAGUUAUAUCGGCUGUUAACACUGGGCGAGGGCGAACACAUCUACGCCACUAAGGACAAAAAUGGUGGGCACUAUGUCUAUCUGAAUACCUUUAGUAUUAUAGACAAUAAAGGGAGGGCCGACGGUGGAGUACCCUACCUUUACAAUAAUUUAGGUGAUGGCGGGAGUGAGUCCGAGGUGGUCCGGAAUAGUUACAACCUUUGGGUGGCCGGCCUAGUGGCUCGGCUACCGAUCCUCGCCAUAAUGCACGGAAACGACGAUUUCCCCAGAUUCGCACUAGGCCCACAUCCUAAUCAGACUUCUGGCACUGCAUACCUACAUACAACCUUGGAGGUAAACUGGGUCCGAGUGAUCCUCAUCGUAGCCAGUAUCACAGGCGGGCAGGUCCUGGCAAUCUUAGCUGUCCUCAGCUACUGUAAGGGUGUCUACACCAGAGAUGAUAGCCACCUAGCGACUGCGGAGCUAUUGAAGACAGUUAUAAACAGAUUCGAUGAUGGCAAGUUGAUGACAGGAGAGGAGCUGGCAAGGUCUCUUGAUGAUGUCUUGGGAGUACCAGUUAGCUAUGGGACUAGGAAGGGUCCAGAUGGUGGCCCGCCGGAGGUGGACCUGGCAAGUGGCUUGGAGGCCAAGUUCCCACCAUCCCCGCAGAAGGAGCAAUUU